AUCUACAUUUGACGGUCUGACAGUACAGAGUAACAAACGGCAAAUUGACACAUCACUCAAAUGUAAGAAAUAAAUAUUUAAAUUAACAGUGUCUUUAUUCACCCUAAUUCCAUAAUUUUGGAAAAAAUGAGGUCCGUGGCAAUAUCUGUACUGAGUGUGGUCUUAACGACCGUAGUCCUGGCCAAUGCCUACUACCAGAAGAAACAAUUUUAUCCUUCUGUUGUAUACAUAACCAAAUCAAAUCCUAGUAUGGCUGUCAUUUAUAUUCAAGCCUUCAUACUGGUUUUUCUCACCGGUAAACUGAUGCGCAAGGUCUUCUUUGGACAAUUGCGAACGGCGGAAUUCGAGCACCUCAUGGAGAGAGCGUGGUAUGCCAUUACAGAGACUUGUCUCGCCUUCACCGUGUUUCGUGACGAUUUCACACCAAAGUUUGUAGCACUUUUUACUAUACUACUCUUCUUGAAAUCGUUCCACUGGCUGGCCGAAGAUCGAAUUGAUUAUAUGGAAAGGAGUCCAGUCAUAAGCUGGGUGUUUCACAUUAGAGUGUUAUCCUUACUACUCGUAUUAGGUACUUCGGACUUUUAUUUUCUACAACAUGCAUAUCUAUCUACGAUGGCGAUGGGACCAUCUGUACAGUUAGUGUUCGGUUUCGAGUAUGCCAUACUUUUAACUAUGGUUGCCAAUAUAGCUCUAAAAUAUGUUUUACACACGAUAGAUUUAAAUAGCGAAGCUCCUUGGGCGAAUAAGGCUGUGUUUUUACUAUAUACGGAACUGGUAAUGGGCCUCAUUAAAGUAGUCCUAUACAUCGCUUUUCUCAUAAUUAUGAUAAAGUUGUAUACAUUACCGUUGUUUGCAUUUAGACCGAUGUAUUACACAUUACGGAACUUUAAGAAGGCAUUUAAUAAUGUAAUAUUGUCACGACGCGCCAUUCAUAAUAUGAACACCCUGUAUGCGGAUGCCACACCGGAAGAACUGCAAGCCGCCGACAAUGUAUGUAUCAUUUGUCGCGAGGAAAUGACCACGUCUUCGAAAAAGUUACCGUGCAAUCAUAUUUUCCAUACUGCGUGCUUAAGAUCUUGGUUUCAACGACAACAGACGUGCCCAACAUGUCGGCUGAAUAUUUUACGAAAUCCUGCAACUGCAAGGGCCGAACCGCGUCCGCAAGCACAACCGAUGCCGAACCCGUUUGCUGGUCCUCCUUUCGUUUUUCAACCGUUAAUUAAUCCAAUGCAGGAUUUAAACCAAGGUGCCGCCGCUCAACCGCCACCCACCGCACCGCCAACCUCCACCUCGCAAAGCACGACCCAGCAAGGUCCAGUACCACCGUUUGCUUUGCCUCCUUUUAUGCCGUUUCCAUUUUUGCCAUUUAUGUCUCCACCACCGAUGCCCUCUUCAAAUCUUGCAUCACUAUCCGCUGAAGAACUUAGAAGAAUGGAGGGGAAUGAACGUGAACAUGUGGAGGCGAGAAUUCGUUGUCUACAAAACAUUCAGGUGAUGCUCGACGCAGCCGUACUUAUGAUGAAUCAGUACAGUGCGGCAGUCGCCACUUCCGGAACGAUACCGAGUCACCCGCCAACGGACAAUGUUCCACCUGCAGCCAAUGAUUCUAGUAAUACAAGUAAAGAAUCGGAAGGCGGCACGUCUAGCUCGAGUAAUUCAAAUGCAUCAAUUCCCGCUACAUCAUCUGCAAAUCCGCUCAGUGCCGAGGAAGAAAUAAGAAGACGACGUUUGCAACGAUUCGAGCAGACCGUAGAGCAACAACAAUAGACUAAAUUUAUUGUGGUAAAUGCUUUUGGAUGAAAGACUUAAGUCAAACUAUUUUCGUUAUUUGUAUAUAUUGGUAUUUUGUGAAAACCGUGAUUAUUGUAAGGUAUUUCGUUGCGACUGUAUUAAGUUCAAGUUUUGCAAUGUUCUAUUGGAAGAUGUAUUUGAAACCAAAAGUUACACUACGAAUUUGUUAUUCAUUUUGUUUAUUUUUAAGAAUUUAUGUCACAUGGCAGUGUAUAUAAUUUAUUUUGAACUUAAUAAAUUUUGCACUUGCAUUGUUA